AACAUUCUUUGAUUUACCAAAAAAAAAAAGCUUAUAAAUAAUCGAUUUCACAAACAACCUCACCAAAUUCACCAUUCCAAACUAGAAGUAAACCUCUCCAAAUCAAUAUUAAAACAGUUUGGUCCUCACCGCAAGUUGCUAAUUCCUGAUCAAUGAUGAGCAGUAGAAAAGGUUUCUGCUUCUCCCGCUUAAAGUUGCUGCUCCUGAUUGUUACAGUUGCAGCAGCUGCUGAUCAUAACAGAACAUGUACGCCCUCCGCAUGCGGCAAAGUCACCACCAUAACACAUCCUUUCCGGCUAAGGGGCGACCCUGCAAGCUGUGGCGACCGGAGGUACGAGUUGUCUUGCGAGAAUAACAUCACCCUCUUAUAUCUUUUUCCCGGUAAAACCUACCAUGUUGAGGCAAUAAACUACAACAACUUCACGAUCCGGCUUCUAGAUCCAUCCAUCUCAGAGAAUGACUGUUCUACCCUUCCUCGCUAUUCUUUAUCCUUAACCAAUUUCAGUACCUUUGGGGAUGACUAUUAUUACAAAACAGUCGCCGAAGUCGGCACCGGAAAAUAUGAAUUCCUUCAAGAACGAGUCUCCUUAAAUGGCUCCACACCGGAGGAGAACGCAGUGAGAAUGUUCGAGCACGUGGUGUUCUUGAACUGCACCAAUCCGGUGAGGGACGAUCCACGAUACGUGAACGCUGCUCCUUGCAUUAAAGAAGGGGGUAAUAAUGUUUAUGCUGUUCUUGGAGACUUGGCGGUGGUUGAAUUAAGAGAUGAUUGCCGUGUGAAGCUGAUUGCAGCCUCAUCGUUUCUUGUUCCACCGAGAUUAUGGCAAGAUUCAGUGUUCAUCGAAGAGAACUUGGCAUACUCUGAAAUCCAUAAGAAACUCAGUUACGGAUUUGAACUUUCGUGGAUGUAUGGGUUUGCUUGUGAAGAUAAAUGCGGGAUGAAGAAUUUUUGCUUAUUCAACGAAAUCACUCAGAAUAUCACCUGUGGGGAUCCGGAUUCCCUCGUCCCCUGUGUCAUGUUUUUCUUUUCAUUGUUGAUCUACACGUUUCGAAGAAGGCAUAUAUCAAUCUAUGAAAAUAUUGAGGAUUUUCUACAAGGAAAUACUCUCAUGCCAAUAAGAUAUUCAUAUAAAGAGAUAAAGAAGAUGACAAGAGGUUUUAAGGAGAAGUUGGGAGAAGGAGAAUUUGGUGCAGUAUACAAAGGAAAACUACAAAGUGGGCCUUUUGUAGCCAUAAAAAUGUUGGGUAAAGCCAAAGCUAAUGGCCAAGAAUUUAUCAGUGAAGUUGCUACCAUUGGUAGAAUACACCAUGCAAAUGUGGUAAGGUUGAUUGGGUUUUGUGUGGAAGGUUCAAAACGCGCUCUUAUAUAUGAAUUCAUGCCAAAUGGUUCUUUAGAUAAAUAUAUAUUUUCUAAAGAAAAAAAUGUAUCUCUAACUUCUGAGAAGAUGUUUGAGAUAUCCCUUGGUGUGGCACGUGGUAUGGCUUAUCUGCAUGAAGGUUGUGACAUGCAAAUUUUACAUUUUGAUAUCAAGCCUCACAACAUUCUUCUUGACGAGAACUUCAUUCCUAAGGUGUCAGACUUUGGUCUUGCAAAACUAUAUCCUCUUGAUAAUAGUAUUGUGACUUUGACUGCGGCAAGAGGAACCAUUGGUUACAUGGCCCCAGAAUUGUUCUAUCAAAAUAUUGGAGCAUUAUCUUACAAGGCUGAUGUGUAUAGUUUUGGAAUGCUUUUGAUGGAAACAGCGAGUCAAAGAAGAAAUUUAAAUCCUCAUGCAGAGCAUUCAAGUCAACUUUAUUUUCCAUUUUGGAUAUAUGAUCAGUUGGCUGCUGAGGAAACUGAUGAGAUUGAGAUGGAAACUUUUAUGGAUGAAGAAAGGAGUGAGUUAGCAAAAAAGAUGUUUAUAAUUGCGUUGUGGUGCAUACAACUGAAGCCAAGUGAUCGUCCCUCAAUGAGUAAAGUAGUGGAAAUGUUAGAAGGAGAUGUUGCAAGUAUUGAAAUGCCUCCAAAACCUUCAUAUUGUCCAAAUGAUGUGAUUCAAAGAGAUUCUGAAGUUGACUCAUCAGGAGUAGAUGCUUCAAAUAAUUCUUAUGUGUCUUCAAGUUUUGAGGAGGAAAGUACAUCCAAUCCCUUGUUAAAGUUUUCUGCUUGAUGACCAACAUGGUUUACUUCUUUACAAUCUUGUUUUA